UCAUGAUACCAAUAUAAUCUUCGUACGCAUUGAAAGAAUAAAUAGAAAAUGAAAUAAUUCUUUAUUCUACAUCCAUAAACAAACAUCGCUUAAUUGAAACUAUUACUACUCACAUCAUAAUCAUGGGUUCCGUUCACGAUCACGAACAACCUCUUCUUCAGGAUGAAACGAACGAACAAGAAGAAUACACAGGAGAUGGUUCAGUUGACCAUAAACAAAGGCCUGCUCUUAAGGCCAACACUGGCAAUUGGAGAGCUUGUCCAUUUAUUCUAGGCAAUGAAUGUUGCGAACGUUUGGCUUUCUUUGGUAUUGCAACAAACCUUGUUACCUAUCUUACCACAAAACUACACGAAAGUAACGCGUCUGCUGCGAGAAAUGUCAGCAUCUGGCAAGGAACUUGUUAUCUUACACCUCUCAUUGCAGCUAUUCUGGCCGAUGGUUAUUUGGGACGAUACUGGACAAUUGCUGUUUUCUCCAUGAUUUACUUUGUUGGAAUGAGUAUUUUGACUCUUUCCGUAUCUGUUCCACCGAUGAAGCCAGCUGAGUGUUUGGGUUCAGUUUGUCCUCCGGCGGCUCCUAUGCAAUAUUUUGUGUUCUACUUGGGUCUCUAUGUAAUUGCGCUAGGGACUGGUGGUGUAAAAGCGUGUGUGCUAUCUUUUGGGGCAGAUCAGUUUGAUGAUACUGAUUCCAAGGAAAGUGCCAAGAAGGCUUCCUACUUCAAUUGGUAUUACUUUUCUAUCUACCUAGGUGCCAUUGCAUCAUGCAGCCUCAUUGUGUGGGUUCAAGAUAAUGCAGGAUGGGGCCUUGGAUUUGGAAUUCCUGCUUUAUUUAUGGGAUUAUCCGUUGGAAGUUUCUUUUUAGGUACCCCUCUCUACAGGUUUCAGAAACCAAAGGGUAGCCCUAUUACAAGAUUGUGUCAGGUUGUGUUAGCAUCUGUCCGGAAGCAGAAUCUUGUUCUUCCUGAGGAUAGUAGUCUCCUGUAUGAGACGCCUGACAAGAAAUCUGGAGUUGAAAAAAGUCGCAAACUGAAGCAUCAUGAUGAUCUCAGGUAUUUUGAUAGAGCGGCUGUAGUGUCUGAUUCAGAGAAAAGAAGUGGCGACUAUUCUAAUCCAUGGAGGCUUUGCACCGUGACACAGGUGGAGGAAUUGAAAAUCUUGAUUCGUAUGUUUCCAAUUUGGGCUACUGGCAUCAUUUUUUCUUCUGUCUACGCUCAGAUGUCGACAUUGUUUGUGGAGCAAGGAACUAUGAUGAAUACAAGUAUCGGUUCCUUCAAAUUAUCCCCAGCUUCCCUCUCAACCUUUGAGGUGGCAAGUGUUGUUAUGUGGGUCCCCGUCUACGACAAGAUACUUGUUCCUAUUGUAAAGAAAUUUACAGGCAAGAAAAGGGGCAUUUCUGUGUUUCAAAGAAUAGGAAUUGGCCUUUUUAUUUCUGGGCUUUGCAUGUUAGCAGCUGCUGCUGUGGAGAUUAAGCGUCUGCAGCUUGCAAGAGAGCUUGACCUUGUUGAUAAACCUGUGGGUGUACCCCUUAGUGUGUUAUGGCAAAUCCCUCAGUAUUUAAUAUUAGGAGCAGCAGAAAUAUUCACAUUUGUUGGGCAGCUUGAGUUCUUCUACGAAGAAUCACCAGAUGCUAUGCGGACUAUAUGUGGUGCAUUGCCGCUUCUUAAUUUCUCAUUGGGGAAUUACUUGAGCUCUUUCAUUCUUACUAUAGUAACUUACUUCACAACAAAAGGAGGAAGGCUUGGAUGGAUUCCAGAUAACUUGAACAAGGGACAUCUUGAUUAUUAUUUUCUGCUUUUAUCUGGACUUAGCUUAUUGAAUAUGUUAGUGUUCAUAGUUGCAGCCAAAAUAUACAAACCAAAGAAUGCUUCUUAAGAUUUUUCAAAAAAUUUGUUGCUCUUAGGAGUGGAAGCAUUUUCUGAUAUUUCCUUCUUUCAUUGUGGAUAUUUUGGAUUUGGAAAAGUGGAUGAAAAUGUGGAUAGUAUGGGUUUUUUUGAAACUUACCAUGUUAUAGAUAAUUAUUUUAGUGGGAGAAAUUCUUAGUGAGCAAUAUAUACUUAGUACUCUCAACUGUGAAAGCUGAAUCGCUGGCAUUGAAAGGCAUAUUCUUUCGAAUAAAAUCUACUUAUAAGAUCAUUCAAUGGCAUGAUGAUCAAGCAGACAGGAAUUCAACAACUUAUGGUUCAUUUAGCUUCUCAAAGGCUCAAUGCUUUUGGUUGGUAAGUAAUCUUGAGAAAUCUUCGCUCAAAAUGAUCAACUAAUGUGUGCUCCCUUUGGUCCUUUAUUAAGCGAGCCUUUUUGUAAAAAAAAUAUUGUCCUCAAUUAACUGAUUUAUUUCACUUUCAAUUCAAUA